AUGAGUAGCAUGGAGACUCGUACCGUGCAGAAGUUUGGCUGGAAACCCGACAUCCCGGACCACAGGGACCUCCACGUGACCUUCCCAAAGGCCGAGGCGCCCAGCAAGAUCAAAAAGAAGAGCGAGGGCCAAAAGGAGAUUGUCGACCUGCGACCCGAGAAUGGUGGCUUCCCCAUCUUCGACCAGGGCCAUCUCGGAAGCUGCACCGCCAAUGCCUUGGCUGCGGCCUUCCAUUUCACCCUUCAUAAGAUGGAGGUGGAGAACCACAAGGACUUUGCCGACUUCACCCCAAGCCGCCUGUUCAUCUACUACAACGAGCGCUUGGUGGAGGGCAGCGUCGGCCAGGAUGCCGGGGCCAUGAUCCGUGACGGCAUCAAGGUGAUGUCGAAGGUGGGUGUUUGCCCAGAAAGCAUGUGGAAGUACGACGAUGGCCCCACCUUCUUCAAGCAGCAGCCAGAUACUAAAUCUUACGAGAUCGCACAGAAGUGCAGGGUCAUGGGCUAUGCCCGUGUUGCGCAGGACUUGAGCCAGAUGAAGAUGUGCAUCAAGAACGGCUACCCCUUCGUCUUUGGAUUUGCCGUCUUGUCAAGCUUCCAGACAGCGGAGGUUGCCAGGACCGGCAAAAUGGUGAUGCCCCAGGCUACAGACCAACAGCUGGGUGGCCAUGCCGUGUGCGCUGUGGGCUACGAUGACUUCCAGCAGUGCUUCAUCGUCCGGAACUCCUGGGGAGAGGGGUGGGGUGACAAGGGCUACUUCUACAUGCCCUACGAGUACAUUUGCCACCCUGCUUUGGCUUCCGACUUUUGGGCCAUCAAUUGGGUUGAGGGCUUCAAGAAUGCUGCUACGAAGAGCUUCAAGCUGAGUUCUUAG